GAGAAGCCCACACUGUCAUUUUCUCCAUACUCCAGACAAGGGAUCAAGACAAAAAGUGACAAUGCAUCUGAGCCUGCUCGCCCUGUUGGCUAUCCCAACAAUCCUUAUUCCUGUAAUAAAUGCGCUGCCCUGCCCUGAAGGAGCCUCAUGGGUAGAGUGCCCAGGGUGCGGAACGGACUGUCUCACUAUCGGAAAGGCUUGUACCUUAAUGUGUACACCCGGCUGCAAGUGUGAACAGCAAGGAUAUGUCAUCAAUGGGGAGGCCUGUGUUCCAGUCAGCGAGUGUCCUGGCCAAAACGAAGCUAUCCCUCAACUUGACGAUGUGGAAUCUGCCAGUGAGGAAUCUGCCAGUGAGGAUGUUAGUACUACGGAGGAUUACACUGAGGGACCUAAAGAAGAAGAAGACUCUAACAGUGAACAAGCUGACAGUGAGGAAUCCACCCAAGAAGCCAGCAAUGAAGAAGCUGAAACAGAAGAGGAGACCAAUGAAGAAUCUAGCAGUGGGGAACCUAGCAGUGAGGAACCUAGCAGUGAGGAACCUAGCAUUGAGAUACCUAGCAUUGGGGAACCUAGCAGUGAGGAACCUAGCAGUGAGGAACCUAGCAGUGAGGAACCUAGCAGUGAGGAACCUAGCAGUGAGGAACCUAGCAUUGAGAUACCUAGCAUUGGGGAACCUAGCAGUGAGGAACCUAGCAGUGAGGAACCUAGCAGUGAGGAACCUAGCAUUGAGAUACCUAGCAUUGGGGAACCUAUCAGUGAGAUACCUAGCAGUGAGGAACCUAGCAGUGGGGAACCUAGCAGUGAGGAACCUAGCAGUGGGGAACCUAGCAGUGGGGAACCUAGCAGUGAGGAACCUAGCAGUGAGGAACCUAGCAGUGGGGAACCUAGCAGUGAGGAACCUAGCAGUGGGGAACCUAGCAGUGGGGAACCUAGCAGUGAGGAACCUAGCAGUGAGGAACCUAGCAGUGGGGAACCUAGCAGUGAGGAACCUAGCAGUGGGGAACCUAGCAGUGAGGAACCUAUCAGUGAGAUACCUAGCAUUGGGGAACUUAUCAGUGAGAUACCUAGCAGUGAGGAACCUAACAGUGAGGAACCUAUCAGUGAGAUACCUAGCAUUGGGGAACUUAUCAGUGAGAUACCUAGCAGUGAGGAACCUAGCAGUGAAGAGUCUGAUGAAGUAGAAUCUAAUGGUGAGACAGCUGUAUCUGAUAACGUGGAAUCUAGCAAUGAGAAUUCUUCUACUGAGAGAGAGGAGGAGUCUAAUGGGGAAUCUGCCGCUGAUGAAGCUGAGAGUGAGCCUUCAGAUGAGAGUGAGUAAGAGGAAUACUGUGUGGUUUCCUGUGAGACAUGGCCGUGCCGCCCUACAGAUCCUGCAAAGAGAUUGUUUAGCGUUUUCUGCGGAACUGUAAACCCACAGCAGAAUAUAUUCCCUCCCGCUGCUGCACAAUGGUACAGAGAACAGCAACUACAGAGAAGUAAAAAUGGAAAAAAAUCAAAUAAAUAUUCUGCUUUUAUCCUCUUGCCUUGCUGUAUUAAACCAAUGUAUAAAGAAUAAAAAUAGUAGAAAUAAUAAUGAAAAAAGAAAUGGAUUAUUAAACACGUCUGCUGUAAAGUGACAUUCAUUACUGCUG